AUGGCGACGUUCGAACUGUACCGUAGGUUGACGAUCGGAAUGUGCUUGACGGAGACGUUGGAUGAGAUGGUGCAGCGCCUAGUCAUGCUCAGGCGCAAUGAUGUCCCAAAAGGCUAUCUUGCAGUUUAUGUAGGAGUACACCAAAAGAAGCGGUUUGUGAUUCCUAUAUCAUAUUUGAAACAACCUUCAAUCCAAAACUUGCUGAGCGAGGUUGAACAAGAAUUUGGUUUUGAUCAUCCAAUGGGUGGCCUCACAAUCCCUUGUAGAGAAGAUUACUUCCUAAGCAUCACUUCUCACUUGAAAAGGUCAUAA